AUGGGAGUUCUUGUAUCGGUAAUCCGUCAAGGAUAUCCUCCUAAAAGUCGCUUCUCAGUGGGCGACAUUCCAGACUUGUCCGGAAAGGUUAUGAUUGUAACGGGAGGAAGUGUCGGAAUUGGAAGGGAGACCGUGAAGGCCCUAUUGCAUCAUAACGCAAAAGUGUAUAUCGCUGCCCGCAAUGAGGAAGCUUCUAGGAAAACAAUUGAAGAGCUAAAAAAUGAGACAGACAAAGAGGCCGUCUUUCUCAAGUUAGAUUUGGGUGACUUUCAGUCAAUCAAGGCGGCGGUGACGGAGUUUCAGAGCAAGGAAUCUAAACUUGACGUGCUCUUCAACAAUGCGGGCGUAAUGGCACCUCCUGUUGACCUUGUCACUGCUCAAGGAUAUGACCUUCAGUUUGGAACAAACACGUUAGGUCAUUUCUAUUUUACCACCCUCCUCCUUCCUCAGCUCUUCGCCGGAGCAAAGUCAAGCCCAGACAACAAAGCAAGGGUCAUCAACACUGCAUCAGCAGGUGCAGAACUAGCCAGUGGUAUUGACUUUGAUACAAUCAAAGAUGGCCCUAAACGCAAGAAGAAAGGUACUCAUAGGCUCUACCUCCAGAGUAAGCUUGGAAAUGUCGUCUUCUCCAAUGAGCUGGCUCGAAGGUACGGCGACAAAGGGAUCGUAUCGGUCGCUCUUAACCCUGGAAACAUCGAAUCCAAUCUUCAACGUCAUCUGGGCUACUGGGAUGGCUUACUUGUCAAAUCAAUCUUGUGGCCCCUUCAAUACGGUGCAUUGACUCAGCUAUACGCUGGAACAACUCCUGAAGGUGCAGAAUUAAACGGAAAGUAUCUAAUUCCUUGGGCACGCAUUGGAAAUAACCUUGCUACAGCCACACCUAAACUUGGAGAAGAACUUUGGAACUUCAUGGAGGAGCAAAUCAAGGACGUAUGA